AUGGCGGAUGAUCUAUACAAUUCCUCCGACCUCAACUCGGUCCUCCGUACUCUGUCUAGCUUAGCUCCUCAAGGCAGCUCUCAGACGAUACCACAAGCCCAUCAACUCUCUACCCCUGCUCCGUUGCACCGCUCAGAAAAGGCACGCCAGCCGCAACCCCGGCCACCGCGACCUUCCAAUGGCCCCGCUGAUUCAUCCAAUAUCACGACUUGGCCUGCUGCAUUACGCUAUAUCAUGCGCACUGUGGGCCAGAAUGAAGAAACUCAACAUCGCAUCCGCGGAAUGAUUCGAAGCCAACAUCACCAUGAACGGCAAUGGUUCAAUGCUCGCGAGGCAUUGAUAAAACAGCAACGAGGGCGCCCUGAGAAACAGAAGGAGCUCGAUGCAGUUCUCCGAUCAAUCGGUGCUCCGGUGGAUACAAAAGAGGCGGAUACAGCCGAGCAAGAUUUUGCUGCAGAAGUAGCAGCCUAUGAUACCAAAGUCUAUAGGGCUGCUUCCCAGAUGACAGACGCGCUGAUAUCUGAACUACGUGGUCUCGGUAUACCCUUCUUUAAGAUCCGUACAGAUUUGAUUCAGGAUUCCCCGAGUGGGACAGGGACUCCUGGUUCUAGUGUUGCCCAAAUACAAGAACCUGAUCUCACCGGAGUCUCGUCGCAAAUCACAAAAUCCGAGCUUGUGAAAUUGCAACAACGCAUGCUAGAACUGUUGGAGGAUCUGUGCAAGGAGUGA